GGCUUGGAGGCGCCGCUGCUCCGGGCGGGAAUGAGCCUCGCAGCAGAGGGGAGGGCCGGGCGUGAACUCGGAGAGCCCGUCCCCUUCUCGGCGCGGCCCUCCCGCCUCCUCACCCCCGGCCCUCUGCAGCCUGUGCCGACGUGGCCGGGCGGAGAGAGAGGAAAGGGCAGGAGCCGCGCCGGGACGGGCUCUGUGAAUUUACAAAAAAUGUCUGGAGACACCCAUGACGUGAUCGUUGAAGAAGAAAAAAGAGAAAUACUAGAACCAAGAAGUAAUGUUGCAGCCUCUGUCACAGAGAUACACAGUGAAACAUGCAAUGAACCGGUAGAACUUGUACCAUCACAGCAUGAGAAGAAAGUUUCUGACUGCUCAGUCCACGGACAAGAAAGGGAUCUGGCCACAUCGGGUCACCCUUUGAAUGAGGAACUUUCUAGCGGAGACCUAUCUGAGAUUGUUCCUGGUGAAUGCAAUGAGACUGUGAGCCUCAAACCAGAACCUGAAUCUGAAAUACUGAAUGAACAGAGUAGCCCAGAUGUGGAUUCACCGCCUAAAGGGAGUAGAUGGACCGGCUGGGGAUCGUGGGGCAAAUCCCUCCUUUCAACAGCAUCUGCCACAGUUGGGCAAGGAUUUACAGCAGUUAAGGAAAAAGCAGCUACCCUCGGACUUCAUGGCCCUUCUCCUGACCCGUCAGAUGAUCCUCCUCUUGACACAGAUGAAAGCUCUGUCACAGAUUCUGAAGAGAUUAUUCAGGAAACCUCUUUAGACAGCGCACCUUUGUCUUCGUCUCCUUCGGGAUCACGUGGAGUGUUUUCUACCCUUUCUAGUGCAGUGCAGAAUACUGGUAAGAGUGUCUUAACUGGUGGACUUGGUGCUUUGGAAUUCAUUGGCAAGAAAACGAUGAUUGUCCUGGCAGAAAGCGAUCCUGGGUUUAAGAAGACCAAAACGCUGAUGGAAAGAACAGUUUCCUUAUCUCAGCUGUUGCGGGAAGCAAAAGAGAAAGAGAAGCAGAGACUGGCCCAGCAAGUCACAUUUGAGCGGACGGCGCACUACGGGCUGCUUUUUGAUGAGUUUCAGGGUCUGUCUCACCUGGAAGCUCUGGAAAUUCUGUCUAAUGAAAGUGAAGCCAAGGUACAGUAUACAGACUGCAUUACUCUAUCAUUCCAUUUUUAUGACUCCCUGAAUAGCCCACAACUGCAGGAGAGAUUUAGAUCCGUAUGUGCCUUCAGAUCAUCAGUAGUCCAAGCCAGCACAUUAUUAUUUUCUCAGCACAGGAUUAAACCUUGUCUGUGUUUUCAUUUUGAACAGAGCAACGAAAAAGCUGAGGUCCUCAACCCAGUGGUCAACAGUGUACUAUUAGAGGGCUGCAACAGUACCACUUACAUUCAAGAUGCUUUCCAGUUAUUGCUUCCAGUUCUCCAAAUGUCCCAUAUCCAGACUAACUGUUUAAAAUUACAACAGUGACUGACCAUUUCCCGUUUAAAAGAACCAUCGGCUUGAUCUCUUGAUUGCGUUUGUAGUACAACAAUAAAGCCGAUAGGCCAUCAAGGAGCUAUUUAGGAACACCAAAUGCCGUUUUGCACCUGGAAUACCAGAUAACACUUUUGUAUUUAGCUGGAACUUUUAAAAUGUAUUAUUACUACAUUUUUUUCCUCCUAUUCCUUGCAUUAAUUUAAUGUAAAAUCGUUUUUAUUUCAGUUGUGUAUUUACUUGUUGCUGUAAUAAAUAACUUACAUUUUGAUCUGAA